AUCUUAUGCGCUAAAGGGAUAUAACCUACAUAAUCUUAUUUAUACAAUGAUACGAUAGACGCAUGACGGACACAGUAUUCCCAACCAUUAGCAUUUGUAGUUCAUAUUUUGUCCGUGACCUGUCGCUGAAGUCACAUACGUUUCGAGUAUAGUGGCGGUGAAUAACCCGCCAGUUUAUUAUAUCUAUCAAUUAAUCUAAUUAAAUUUUUUAUCAAAUUUUUCUCCUUAUCUCUUUUUAAUUAUUUCUCUACAUACUUGUAUAUUAUAAACGUGUAGUAUAUUUUAUUUCUCCAAUAAUAAGUAAUAUAUUUAUAUAUAUAUAUAUAUAGAUAUAUUAUAUUUAUUAUGAUGUAUUAAUUCGUGACAUUAUGUUAAAACCGGCAUGGAUAAUUUGUUUGAUCCUUCAAACAUAUUAUGUUACAAAUGUAAUUGCAUCGACAGGAGACAGAUCGCAGAUUUACAAUCAGUGUCUUAUGAAAUAUCGUAUUAAUCAUUGUAAAGAUGAUACUACUUUUAUUAAUCCACCAUCUCUAUUCCUUUCGUUAUUAUCAUGGUCUUGCAUUGAAGAUUGUAAAUAUAUUUGCAUGUGGCAUACAGUUGAAUAUUUUGUAAAUCAUGGUUUGACAGUGCCACAGUUUUAUGGAAAAUGGCCAUUUAUACGUAUUUUUGGAUGCCAAGAACCAGCUUCUGUUUUAUUUUCAAUAUUUAAUUUCUAUGCUCAUUGGGUACUAUAUUGGAAAUUUAAAAGAAAAAUAAAUUCAAAAUAUCCCAUGUUCUAUGUUUGGUCAUAUUUUAGUUUUAUUUGUUUAAAUGGAUGGUUUUGGUCUACAAUAUUCCAUGCACGUGACACAGACUUUACAGAAGUAAUGGAUUAUUCAUGUGCAUUUGCUAUUGUACUGACAUUAUUAUAUUGUAUGUCAUUAAGAAUGACAUACAAACAUACCAAAACUUUUAUUAUACUUACUUGUUGUUAUAUUAGUAUUUUAUAUGCGCAUCUAACACAUUUAUGGUCUGGAGCAAUUAACUAUGGAUACAACAUGAAAUUUAAUAUAGUAAUAGGUUUUUUAACUUUUGUAAUAACAAUGUCAUGGUGGUAUCAUGUCAGACAUGAAGUACCUCACGCAUAUCUCAUUGGUUGGUUUAAUAUCUUAGCAGUUCUUGUUACUUUAUUAGAAGUGCUUGAUUUUUCACCAAUAUUUUGGACUUUUGAUGCUCAUUCUUUAUGGCAUGGAUUUACAGCUCCACUUACUAUUUUGUUAUAUAGGUUCAUAACUUUAGACUGUUUAUAUUUAAAGACAUAUGACAACAAAACAAUAUUAAAUAUGCAUCAUAUCCAUUGAUUUAGUCAAAAUAUCAGUGGUGCUUUUUUUUUAGUGAAAUGAAAUCGUUUAAUGUUAAUUUUUUUCUGUAUAAAUAUAUAACAGUUACAUUUUCUAUACAAUGCAAUAUAAAAUAUCAAUAAAGUUAUUUCUUGUCUUUAAAUAUUCAUUAUAUUUUUAAUAAAUAAGUACCAGAAUUAGCAUUUGUUUAUAAGCAUGUAUAUUAGUAUUUUAAAUGGCAAUUUAACUUAUAUAGGCAGUAUCUCCAAGUCUUGACACAUAAUGAGCUUCUACAAUUUAUAUAACAUUAAUCCUUUUUACAUUUUCAAUAUACAAUGCGUUUAUAUAUCACGCUUCCUCAGAUCAUCUUUUUUGAAUCAAAAGGAUUAAUGUAUCAUACUAUAAGUGAUGCUUUCAUCAUUUCAUUAUUCUCUUUCCUAGUAUGCUCUCAUUGUUGAGGAUUCUCUAAGUUAUUCAAGGAAUGUGUUACAACAUGUGUAUUACAUAUGUAACUGGAAUUCAUAAUUAUUUUUGUAUCAAAAUGAUGAUUAAAAAAUAUUGAUAAAUUAUAUAAGAUAAAUUUUAAUCUAUCUACACACCAUUAAUUUUUUAAUAAAAGUAUAAAUACUUAAUUUAUAAGUUCAUGAUUUAUAUGUGCGAGCAUUCAUUGCGUUUUAACUUACAUGAAAAUAAGUAUCAAUAUUAUAAAAGU